AUGCCUUGGCAGCCUGAUGCAGCUGACUUCAGGAUGGGAGGCUUUGGCCCCACGGCUGGGAGGUUCCUCUCCUUUGAAUGCUUCUGCAAAGAGCCAGAGGGAAGCAGUAGGCAUCAUACCCUGGCAUACCCUGGCAUCCUGGGGGCUUCCCAGGCAGAGCCAUCUUACCCAAGUUUUGCCCCAAGAUGCUUCCUGUCUCCAGGUUUGGCCCUCUGCUUGGGGACAUCCCUGUCUGAACCUAAACCCAGCAAGUAUGAGGUUAGCAGUGCCAUUGUCUUGCAAACCGGGCUGAGCAAAAAAGUCAAGGACCUCUUUCUCCAGAAGUCAAGCCAGUUUUUCAUCCUGCUGGUAGGAUGA